UUGUUUGUUCAAACUUCUUCCUGUUUGCCGUUGCCUAGUUGUCAGAAGCAUGUUGGCCGCCAGAUCCUCUGGGGAGUGGAGAAACAAGCUCACAGUUCACCCGCAGCUGUGGACCUUUGGUAUAAAAGAGAAAAAAAUCGGUACAUUUUGACGUUUAAAGUAAGUUUUAUAAGCUUAAAAGCUGCUUCCUUGUAACUGUGCAGACUUAGUCCUCAGUUUUGAAAAUAGUGCUUAUUUAUGCAAAAUCCACAGCUGAGUUCCUUGUGUGUCUGUGGUCAGACUGUGAGCUCUUUGUCAAACGGCCUGUGUGAGUCACUGUAAGCCAGCCAAACAAGCUGACAUGACACUUAUUUAUCCUGAGUAAAGCCUCGGGUGGAGAAGUACUGGGUUGUUGUUAGUAACUUCUAGAGGCUGGUUCCAAUUCUUCCUCCUCUUUGGAAGCAGUAGCUGACCUGCAGCAUGGCGCAGUCAGAGGACAGUGUAAGCACAUGGAGCUGUAACCAAGUGGCUCAGUGGCUGCAGGACGAAGGUUUUGGUCAAUACGUUGAGCUAUUGUGCACACAGCAUCGCCUUGAUGGCCUCAGUCUGCUGGCUCUGACUGAGGUCGACCUGCGGGGUCCUCCACUGAGUCUCUCCGUUCUGGGAGACAUCAAAAGACUAGCAAUAGCUCUCCACCGGCUCCAGAGAAGAAACCAGGACCAGCUGGAGGAACUGGGUCUUCGGCCGUCAGACAGCAUCUCUUCCGGCCUCUUGCUGGGUGCCGCAUCAGUGGACUGGAGUUGUGACGGAAAAAACUGGAGAGAAUUUAACGGAGAUUGCUGUUUGCGAAAUGGAACCGAACUGGUACGGAGAGCCAGAGGUGGAUCUAGAAACGCGUCGGGUACAGCGGUCUGCCAUGCCCACUCAAAUGGGAGACAUGCGCAUCAGCUGGCUGGUCGGUUGGACCCAGAGGUUUGGAAAACUGUCAUCAGCUCCAUUUAUGUGUUUUUGGUGUUUGGAUUCACCUCUUUCGUCAUGGUCAUUGUACAUGAGCGUGUCCCAGACAUGAGAACAUACCCACCACUUCCUGAUAUAUUCCUUGACAGUGUUCCCAGAAUUCCUUGGGCUUUUGCCAUGGCUGAAGCGUGUGGCCUCAUCUUGUGCUACAUGUUUUUGUUAAUUCUUUUACUUCACAAACACAGGUCAAUUCUCUUUAGACGUUUGUGCUCUUUGAUGGGAACAGUGUUUUUGCUACGUUGCUGCACGAUGUUUGCUACCUCACUCUCUGUGCCAGGCCAGCAUUUGAAAUGUGCCAGUCAGACUUAUGGUGAUACCUGGGGAAAAAUACAGAGAGCACUAGCUAUCUGGAGUGGUUUUGGGAUGACACUUACAGGCGUCCAGACUUGUGGAGACUACAUGUUUAGUGGACAUACAGUUGUCAUAACCAUGCUCAACUUCUUUGUGACUGAAUAUACACCACGGAACUGGAAUCUGAUUCACACAAUUUCUUGGGUGUUGAACCUGUUUGGGAUUUUCUUUAUUCUUGCAGCUCACGAGCACUACUCCAUUGAUGUGUUCAUUGCUUUCUACAUCACAACCCGUCUCUUUCUGUAUUACCACACCCUAGCCAACACCCGUGCCUACCAGCACAGCCGCAGAGCCCGCAUUUGGUUUCCCAUGUUCUCCUUCUUUGAGUGCAAUGUGAACGGACCCGUCCCCAAUCAGUACGAAUGGCCCUUCAGUAAGCCUACUGUUAUGAAAACUCUUAUUGGGUAAUUCUCAAAAAGGAAUUUGCCUGAAACACAACGUUUCAAAAAGUCUCCCCAAACUUGCAACGGAUGAACAAAAACUUCCACUCUACCUUGAACAGUAUUUGUUUCUCUGUAUGUGUUUAAGGGCUUCACUGUAAGUGUCAAAAAUUUUGAAUAACAAGUAAUGUGCUAUGUUUAGGCACUGGGAUAAGAAUUUACCACUUCCACCUCUUUAAAAUGCACUAUAACAAUAUAAAUAUAUAUUGCAAGGAAAAUUCUAUAUUUUUCCACUUUACAGGUUUAAUGGUUGCUAAAUUCGCUUCUGGGAAAAAGUUUAUGUCUGGCAUUGUUCCAUAGCAUAUUUUAUUUAUUUCCUAUUAUCUUGAUAUAUUUUUAUAUUUAAUGUAAUCUGGUAUCGGAAAAUUGAGGGUUGUUUUGUUUACCUAUGUUAAGCUUAAGGCUUAAUUUUUUUCUUUUUUAAAUUUUAUUCUGGAGAUGUUGGUUGACAGGUUUGAACUGCGUGUUUAUCUUUAUUUUCAAUCACAGUAUAAUAAUGUAUAUUUAUUUUUUAUUUCUUUUUAUUGGUGGAAAUCUGUUGAAGUACACAUUUGGGUAAUGAUAAAUAAUUUCUAUAAAGCACAAAAACACUUUAAUUUACUUACACUAAAGUUACUUUUACAGCCACAAGUUGUUUAUGUAACUUUUUGGACUUGCUAUACACAGAAUUGUUCCUAUCGAAAUAUUUAGGAAUUUUAUUGAUUGAUUUUUUUAACCUAUUUUAAAAGGUAAAUGUUUAAUUACUAUUAAAUUAUGUGGAGUUUUCUAUUGCUGCUUAAUACAGAAACCCUUUUGUGUUAAUUGCUGUUAGCGUCUUGUUGAUACAUAUGUUGUUUACCAUGGAGCUUCUGAUCAAAGCUGUUCAUGUUUAUUUCUGCAAUACAGUGCCUUAAUUUAGCAGUAUAUAUUUUGUUCUUAAUGGUACAAAUAGUGAAACUUAAAAAAAAUGUUAUUCAGUGCUUGUUAUGGUGUCUCUAUGCAAUUGUGUUUAUGCAUGAGUGGACAGGAAGUUUUAGAAUUGAACAUUCAUCAUGAAACUGACCCACACCCCUGCCUGUUUCUGUUGACAGUUUUUAAAAAAGAAAUAAAAUACAGUUCAAAUAUUGAAAAAUAUCGUUUACAGGGACGCACCCUUUAAUAUAAGCCAUGAUUGCUGAAGUACUACAGUGUACUGCUGCUGUUGACUGAGUCACGUCUCGUCUGAAGAUGGUAUGUUUUAAGCUUUAUGAAUCUGUCAUUCUUUUGAAAAAUAUAGGAUUUGUCUUGUUUUGUACCAUUAUAAGAUUUUUUUUGUUUAAAUUGGGACAAUUGAGACUAAAAAGUGAAUUUUACACAUUCAAAAUUGUUAACAUUUGUGAGCAAAUUGAAUAGAAUGUUUUAUGUCAUGCUACCUAACUUGAUCUAAAUUUAUAAACUUGACUAUGACCAGGUUGUGUAACAUCUUAAUUUGUCUAAAGCAAUAUUAGUUCUUGUGAUAAAUCACCUGCAUAUGUUCCAUAAAAAUAAGAAUCUCA